AUGGCAUCGAAAAUCGACGACGACAAUGCUGUAGAGACAACUAAAGAUUUUCCUCCACUCUUGUCCAAGAAAUUUAACAUUACUGAUGUUAAGCAAGACGCGCUCAAGUGGAAUAAGGAGUGGGAGGCGGCCAUCGCAUCGUCAACCGCAGCGGACGUCCUCAAGGAGAUAUCUCGUUUUCUAGACGACUCUUUCUUUACUCCUAGUGACAUCGACUUCUUUCACGAGGACCUUCGCAGCGUCCAAAAUAAGGUAGCUGAAGUCCUGCGUAACCUGUUCAACGAAGGUCACUUCGAUACCAUCUGGUUGUUGUUGGAUGUCUCUGAGAAGAGGAGACACAUCCUCGAGGGCUUGAAGGGGGCAUCUGAAGCACCUACGUUCUGGGGGCCAGAUUGUCGUGCUCUUUGCCCGGAAGUUACAACCUCGAACUUUCUGACGCAGGGCGGGAAGGGCUUGGUCGACUUUCUCACUCGUGUCUUGGAGGUAUCCGAGUCAUCCAUUAAACCAGCAUUCCUGCCAAACUCGUGGUGGGAACAGGCGUCGAACCUGCCAAAUCCAUGGUGGGAACAGGCCCCGGAUGUUUUACCUCAAAGAGAGAUAUCCCAAAGCACAAAGCUUCUGUUCGAAGUUGCGACUAUCAAUAGGAAUAAAUUUAUCGCGCAUUUUGUUCUGUCCUCAGCGUUGUCGAUCAUAGGUGAUAUUGCCAAUCGUGGCGAGGGGAUGAAAGGAGUCCUACAUCUCAUGGAGAAUACAGAGGGAUAUGUCGCUCGAGCUUUAGCACAGGUCAAAACGAGUUUCAGGGAUAAGCCUCUCAUCCGCUGCGAAAACUGCACGAAGACGCCAGAAGAUAUCGGACAGGGUGCUCGCUUCAUGGUGUGCAGUGUUUGCAAAACGAAACUCAACUUCGAGAUACAUUAUUGUUCUAAGUUCUGCCAGAAACAAGACUGGUCUCUGCACAAACGGGCUUGUGGCAAGAAGCCAGUGUCGAAGGGUCUAAGCGGAACCAAGGGGGACUCCCUUUGGGCAUUCGGCGAGUCCAAUCCCGCCGUCGAACUAAUCCGCAAUUGCGGCAAGAAGGAAGGUCGGAGUCUCACCAGCCUCAGAGACAUCGGCGUAAAUCCCUGCAAGGGUAAACAUUCUCCUGCUGCGGAGCGUCAAGCCCAGAUGCUUGAAGAUGACAGAGAUGCUGAUUACUUCCUCUUCACUGCAAGCGGUGAAACAGUUCGCUUUGUGAUCGACGAUCCAGGAGCUAAGAUGAUCUUCCGGAUCAAUCGCGGCACAAUUAUGACGCAGACUGGUGACACCGGUCUUGAUGCUAUGGGAGAGUAUAUGCUCAAACUCAUGAGCGGAUAUCCCGGAUUGAGUCGGAACAUCAUCCUGAAGCAACUCUGUGAGGAACACGGGGCGGACACUACCAAAAAGAUCGUGCGGCUGGAGAAGAAGAGUCGAGAACGUGGAAAGAGUACGUUCAUAGAGGGCUGGGUGAAGGAUUCCUCGAACGUGUUUGGGGAUUGGUCUUGGCUUGGAUCGCUUUGA